UAGAAGGAGCCUUUAAAUCAUGGUUUCGUCGCAAUUAGCUUAAAUAAAGGGGAAAAGACGAAAAUCCCAUUCCCAUUUCUCUUAUUAAUAAUAAAGUUAUAAACUUUCCUCUUUGUCUUCGAUUUGGAUCCUUAGGCCACGAAGUUCAGGGUGUUGAAGGAUUUGGGUUGGGUUUAAUUUAUUCUCUUGGAGAUUGGGUAAUCUGCAUAUCGGCAUAGUCUGGUUUAUUUGUUGACAUCUAAAAGAUGUCAAGUAAGAAAGAAGAAAAAACUCAAGCUGCUGCCGACAGAAUCAAGGCUGCUGCAUUGACUGCUGCAAAAGGCCUCAGUCGAGCUCAGGCUGAAAGGGCAGCUGCUGCUGCAGCUCGAAAUGUUAAUGCUUAUGGGCAAAAGGAAGAAGGGCCUAGCAGAUGGCAGGAGAAGCGGGAAGCCAAGAGGCAGAUGUAUUUGAUGAGCACAGAGAAGGCGGUGAGGUUAGGGGAAAGGAAAGACAAGACAUCAAUGUCUACAAUGGGUGCUUCCCAGUGCCAAAAGUGUUUUCAAGCAGGGCAUUGGACAUACGAGUGCAAGAACGAACGGGUUUACAUGUCACGACCCUCGAGAACUCAGCAGCUUAAGAACCCCAAACUCAGGAUGAAACUUUCAAUCUCUUAUGAUUUGGACAUCCCAGAUGUCAAGGAUAAGAAGGAUGAUAAUAGGUCUAAGAAAAGCAAAAGGAAGUAUCGGUCAGAUUCUGGUUCUGGUAGUGAUAGUGAGGCUUCAGUUUUUGAGACUGACAGUGGUGCCUCAUCUGUAACGGGAUCGGAUUAUUCUUCAGAAGGGAGUAGUACUGAUUACAGCUCAUCAUCUGAGUCGGAGGAAGAGAGGAAGAGUCGGAGGAGGAAGAAGAAGCAGAAGCAAAAGAAGGGGAGGCGUAGAAGGUACAGCUCAUCUUCUGAGUCUUCUGAUUCAGACUCGGCUUCAGAUUCCGAUUCUGAUGAUCGGAGCAAUCGAAGGAAGAGCUCGAGGCAUGGCAGAAGGCGCUGAAUGACAGAGGGCAGUGCGCAUUCCCUUUUUUUUAAGUCCAGAUAAUUCUAUCAUGUUACAAAAACACUGAAACUUAUGGUCUUACAUACAUGCUGAGGAUCAAGCCCUAGAAAAAUAAGUUUGCUAGAUGUUUACAUCCAUUCUCUUUUCUCUUUCAUAGUUUUGUUAUGACAUUAUUGACAAUAGUUGCCUGUAGUUUGCAUUAUCUCACUUGUUUAUGGACGUUAUGGAAUGAUUGUAGGUUGAAAAUUCCUAUUGUAAGGUUUAGGGUUCUAUCUAUGUGGCACCAGAUUCUGUUAUCCUAAA